CUCUCCCUCUUGCUGUCUCGCUAUAGGUGCUUCCAACACGCAUAAUUCGGAACUCCCAAGUCCCAACACCGCUGUGAGCGUAAAUCACCGACCCUGUUUCCCGGAAAUGCUAGCCGCCAAAACCCUCUACCCUCUCUCUUCGGAAAUCUCCGCCCGGCCCCUCCGGCGACCGCCGCCUCGGGUGCCGACCGCCCCUGUCGGCGCCCAUGCAAGGUCUAGGAGGACCCGCGUCCCCUGUUUCCGGCCAGUUCAAGCAGUGAUCAGCGGCGGCGACAAGAACGUCGAGGCCGUGACUACGCCGGAGGCCCAGAACAUUAAUGAGUCGUCCUUGCUUUCUUCUUCUUCUUCUUCUUCUUCUUCUUCUUCUCACUCUUCGUAUUCUUCUUCCUCUGGCGACAGAGAUGUGAGGGCAGUAAUGACCGUGAGGAGGAAGAUGAAAGAGAAGCUCGUUGACAAAGUUGAAGAUCAGUGGGUGUCUAUCUUAAACGGUAUUGGGCAGGGGAUUUCGAUUCAGCUCGUCAGCGAAGAGAUUGAUCCUGUCAACAAGUCUGAAAAGAGAGUGGAGUUUUCUGUUUGGGGUUGGUUGCCAAAGCCAUCGCAACAGUACAAUAUUGUUGAAUUUGGGGCUAAUUUUACGGUCCCUGCCGACUUUGGGCGUCCUGGGGCUGUUCUAAUCACCAAUCGUCAUGGCAGGGAGUUCUACUUGAUUGAGAUUGUUAUUCAUGGUUUUAGUGAAGGCCCUUUCUUCUUCCCUGCAAAUUCAUGGAUCCAUACCCAGAAGGAUAAUCCUGAGAGUAGAAUUAUUUUCAGAAAUCAAGCAUUCUUGCCAUCACAAACACCACCUGGCCUCAAAGAUCUUAGGCUCAAAGAUCUGCUGAGCCUCCGGGGAGAUGGGAAAGGCGAGAGAAAGCCACAUGAUCGAAUUUAUGAUUACGAUGUCUAUAAUGAUUUGGGCAAUCCUGAUAAGAGCAAUGACCUAAGCAGGCCUAUAUUGGGUGGCGACGAAAUGCCUUAUCCCAGGCGAUGUCGGACUGGUCGACCCCCAACUAGAACGGAUCCACAUUGUGAGAGUAGAGUAGAAAAGCCGCAUCCGGUCUAUGUGCCUCGGGAUGAAGCAUUUGAGGAGAUCAAGCAAGAAACAUUCUCCAUUGGGAGGUUGAAAGCUGUAUUACACAAUCUGAUACCAUCAAUAACUGCUACAUUGUCCAGUUCAGACGUCCCCUUCAAGUGUUUUUCUGAUAUUGAUAAGCUAUAUAACGAUGGUUUUGUCUUAAGAGAUGAAGAAAAUGAACUUGGUGGGAACCGUUUCCUUUCUAAUUUGAUGAAACAGGUACUCUCUGCUGGCGAGAAAUUGUUGAAGUAUGAAAUUCCAGCCAUUAUUUCAAGAGAUAGAUUUGCAUGGCUGCGGGACAAUGAGUUCGCACGCCAGAUUUUAGCUGGGGUCAACCCAGUAAACAUUGAGAUUUUAAAGGAAUUUCCAAUUCUUAGCAAACUAGACCCUGCUGUUUAUGGCCCUCCAGAGUCUGCAAUCACAAAAGAAUUGAUAGAAAAAGAGCUGAACGGAAUGAGUGUUGAAGAGGCUAUUAAGAGCGAGAGAUUGUUUAUACUUGACUACCAUGAUAUACUUCUGCCAUUUAUUAAGAGGAUGAACUCUUUGCCUGGGAGAAGAGCUUAUGCCUCUAGGACAAUUUUUUUCUACAAUCAACAUGAAACUUUGACGCCCAUUGCCAUUGAGCUUUCACUUCCUCCAACACAUUCUUCACCUCGAAACAAGCAUGUUCACACUCAUGGACAUGAUGCCACAACCCACUGGAUUUGGAAGCAAGCCAAAGCACACGUAUGCUCUAAUGAUGCUGGCGUUCAUCAACUAGUAAAUCAUUGGUUGAGGACUCAUGCUUCCAUGGAGCCUUAUAUAAUUGCUAGUAAUAGGCAGCUCAGCUCAAUGCACCCCAUUUAUCGGUUGCUCCACCCUCACAUGCGUUACACACUAGAAAUGAAUGCACUCGCACGACAAAGUCUAAUUAAUGGAGGGGGAAUUAUUGAGGACUGUUUCAGCCCUGGAAAGUGUGCCAUGGAGGUAAGUUCUGCAGCUUACAAGAGUAUGUGGCGAUUUGAUAUGGAAGCUUUGCCUUCAGAUUUGCUACGGAGGGGUAUGGCAGUGGAGGAUCCCUCGAUGCCAUGUGGUGUGAGACUCGUGAUAGAAGAUUAUCCUUACGCUGCUGAUGGACUCCUUGUAUGGUCUGCCAUAAAAGAGUCAGUGGUAUCCUAUGUUAAUCAUUUCUACUCUGAUGACAAGAUGGUCACAUCUGAUGUAGAGCUCCAAGCAUGGUGGGAUGAAAUAAAAAACAAAGGUCACUAUGACAAGCGAAAUGAGCCAUGGUGGCCUAAACUCGACACCAGAGAAGACUUAUCUGGGAUUCUGACCACAAUGAUCUGGAUUGCUUCUGGACAGCACGCAGCUAUAAACUUUGGGCAGUAUCCAUUUGGAGGGUACGUCCCUAACCGUCCUACCCUCAUGAGAAAGCUCAUCCCUCAAGAAAACGAACCUGAGUACGAGAGGUUUCUUAUAAACCCUCAGUACACUUUUCUGUCUUCUCUACCAACUCAACUGCAAGCCACAAAAGUGAUGGCUGUUCAAGACACGUUGUCCACUCACUCUCCGGAUGAAGAGUACUUGGGUCAGGUGAACCCACGACACAAUCACUGGAUUAAUGAUCAUGAAGUUGCAAAGAUGUUCAAAAAAUUUUCUGCUAGAUUAGAAGAGAUAGAGGAGAUAAUAAAGGGAAGAAACAAGGAUAUCCGUCUCAAGAACAGAAAUGGCGCUGGCGUCCCUCCUUAUGAACUGCUCAUUCCCUCGUCAGGUCCUGGAGUAACUGGUCGUGGCAUUCCCAACAGCAUUUCCAUCUGAUGAAUUAUACUGCAGUUGUAAGAUAUCUUCUCUCUUAAAUUUAGGGCAAUGUUUGGCCGACAAUUCCGCUGUCUAGUUCUUGUAAUUUGCAAGCCCUGUUGUAAAAAUUUAGCAAUUGACAUUGAUGCAAUGUUGAUGGAAGCAUUGUUAAUGGCCUAAUGCAUAGGUUGUCCUGAAAACCAUGUAAUUUGGGAUGAAAUCCAAGUUAAUCCAAGUUUGCAAGUCUGAAA